CCUUGACGAUUUUGGCCAGAAAAGUGCUCGCAAAAAUUUCCUAAUUUUGUUACUUUUGAGCGUAUACUGGAUUAUUUCGUUCCAAUUUUCUAGCAUAAAACUUUACACUAUAGUGUGGUACACGUCAGUAUGGCGACGGUAAUGCAUGGGAGGCGGAAGGGGACAAAGAAAGCCCAACCCAAACCAGGUCCAUAUGAAACUCUCCCAACAGAAAUCCCAUUAGGGAUGCAGCUGAAAAAUGGCACAGACCUGAGAGAAGUCACUGUUCUUACUGGCAAAGACUGGCAGAGAAUUCAAAACAGUCUGAAUAGAAAUGUUAUAGAAGAACAGAGGAUAGCAAAACUUAGGGAGGAGAGAGAAGCACUGAGACAACGCUCAAAAGAUACAGUGAAAAAUUGGGGCAAUACUAUAGCUGGUCAAAGGCAACGGAAAUUAGAAGCAAGGAAGAUAAGAGAAGAAAAGGAAGAGGAGGAAAGGAAACAAAUAGAUCUAGAAGAGGCAACAUUCCAGUCACAAAAGAGAAAAGAGGCUAUUGAAAAAGCAAAAACACAGCAGUAUUACCAAACAGACAGAGUAAAAGGAUUCCAUGGAGCUCUUAUGUUAACUGAAGUUCUAAAAGAGAGAGAAGCCCAACUGGAACUGAAAGCACUUAAAGAAAAGGCAAAUGAGGGCAAGGAUAAGGCCUGGUUAGAAAAGGCACAGAAAGAUUAUGAAGAAGGUGUCCUUGAAGACCAAAGAAAAGCACAAAUUAGAAUUGAUGCAACAAGAAAAAAUGCAAUGUUCCAGAAAGCACAGGUGAAAGAACAUCUGAAAGAGGGUUGGAGGGACAAAGAUUUAGACAGAGCUGAGGGUGAAGAACUGAAGGCACUGGCUGCUCAAUAUGCUUUAGAGAAGCAACGUCUUGAACAGAUUAGGUUUGAUGAAAGGAAAGGCAUGAUGCAAGAUAACGUCAAGAGGAUUGGAGAUGUACGAAAAAUGAAGGAAAUCCAUAGACUGCAAGAGGAGGAGGAAGAUGAGGAAUGUAGAAUAUUUGCUGCAGCUAAACGGAAAAUGAUGAAAUUGAGAACACAGAAAGAAAAGAUGCUUCACAAUGAAAAACAGGAACGUUUGGAGAGAAUCCGUGAAAAACUUUUUGCCCAACAACAACAGAAGAAGGACGAUGAGGAUGAGCGAAUAAGGAAUGCCUUGGAAGAGAAGGAGAAAGCAAGAAUGGAGGAAGAAGAAAGGAAGAAUGCCAAGUUGAUGAAGGCAAUGAAAGAGAUGGGAGACCACAGAUAUCAACAGAUGAAGGAGAUUGAAGAUAUGAAGGCAGAAGAGAGAGUAAAGGAAAUGGAAAUGCUGAAAAUCAAAAAGGAGGCUGAUAACGUUUUCAGACAAAAUGAAGAGGAGAAACGAAGGCGCAAGCUGGAAGAAGCAAAGGGACUUGCCAAAUUCCAUUUCCAACAAAAUGAUGAGCGACUUGUAAAGGAUGACAAAGCACGGCAGGAGCAACUGGCCCGUGACAAGAGAAAUAUGGAACUAUUGGCCGUGGAGGAGCAGCAAUUCCAAGAAUAUGCCAAACGUGUUAUUGAUCAUUGUGAAAAAGGAGGACGUAAUACAAUCCCUCUUCGUAAGGCUGCCAAGGCUGGAGCAGGGGGUGGUGCGGGACCUGUGUUUGAAGGAAAGGGUGGGGUCAGGCCCAGUUAUAUGGCAUCUGAUCAGUCUGGAGUACAGAUGCCUAAUUAUCAAAGGGACACCACUGAGGAAACUAAGUCAAAUAUUUAUGGUGAAGCUUCACAAAAACGACUAGGAUUUGUAUGGUAGUUCA